AUGAGUGCAGACAAACCUUCAAAACAUUUUUGUACUUCAAAUAGAGAAAGAUCUUUUGUCGAAGAAAAAAUUGCAGAAGAACGUUUAGGGAAAAGGACAGAAAGAAGAAAAAUACCCUGGAAGAGAUUAGCUACUUGUAGGCCUUUAUAUAUUGGGGUAGCUGCUUUAAUAUGCCAUGAAUAUCCUUUAGUUAUUAUGUUACAGCUUCUUCCAAAAUAUAUAAAUGAUGUUUUGCUUUUAUCUAAUACAGCAAAUGGUUUUGUUUCAGCUUUACCUAUAGCUGUUCUUUUUCUUGCAAAAACAUUUUCUUCCUCAAUUUCUUCUUUUAUUCAGGCAAAUAAAAAAGGUCGUUUCAAAAUUGGAAGAACAGCUUUAGCUAAAUGGUUUAAUGGAAUUGCUUCUCUAGGUUUGGGUAUUUGUGUUGGAAUUGUCCCUUUACUUCAUACAGACCAACAAAGAGUUAAUGCUAUUUUUGUUUUGUGUUUAGCUAAUGCUUUUGCCGGCCUCCACACACCUGGUGUCCAGAUAGCCCUUUUACAAAUAGCACCAGCCUAUACGGGUAUAAUUACGGGUAUUGCUUUUGGUUGUGUUGCUAUUUUUAGUAUUGUCAAUAAAAUACUUUCUAAUUAUAUUGUACAGUCUGGCUCUUUAUCUGAAUGGACAAUUGUUUUUUGGAUUGCGGCAGUAAUUGCUUUAUUACCUGUAUUUUUCUUUACUUUAUGGGGAAGUGCAGAACGGCAACAUUGGGCAAGUACUGGAAGUACAAUUAGAAGAAAAAAUACUAAAAGAAAAAAUAAUUUUGGAAAAGUUUUUCCAAUGGAAGAAAUAAAUAAAAAAGAAGCAGCAAAUAAUUCUGAACAAAAUAAUAAUACUUCUGUUUUCUAUAUUAAUAAGAUUGAAAAGGUAAAUUUUUAA